UCGGUUGCUCCGCGAGGAGAGGCGGGUAAAAUGUAAACACAGAUUCAUCAUGGAGGAGACUUUGAGUCCCGGUUUGUAAUUAAACUUUAGAAAACUUUCCGUGAUUAAAAGAAACUUUUACUUUCUUAUUUGUGACCCCACCAACUCCUAGCCCUCUUCGCUAAAUAAAUGUAAGUCAGCGGUUUAAUUCAAUACGAACUUUACGGAGCUAGCUGUUAGUAUUAGCCAUCUCCAGGCAGCAAAGCUCCCCGCGCCGCCGCCGAUGCAGCUCCUGAAACGCCAUGAUGGAGGACUACGACGUGUUCGUGCAGCGCGCCUUGUCCCGGCUGAUGAGGAGCAGGCGGGACCCGGAGGAAGCCCGGAGCGCCGCGGCUCCGUCCUCCGUCAUCCGCUUCCACGGUCUAGCCAUCCUGCCCCCGCUGUUGUCUGAAGAGCAGAGGCAGCAGAUGCAGGCGCGCAGAGAGGAAGCUCGCGGAGCUGCAGCCCGCAUGGAGCUGAAGAAGGAGCGUCCCAGGAUGAGCUACGUCCAGACGCUCUUACGCAGCGUCCAGCAGCUGAGGAAGACUCCAACGCUGGAAGAGCUACUUCAGGAGUCUGACGUUCCGACCAAAUGCUCUCCUCCUCCUUUUCCUCCCCCUCGGAGAAGCUCCUCAGAGUCCCACAGUGAGGCUUCUGUUAGGACCGAGCGUGGUCUUUCCCCAGCAUCUGCAGAGAAGUUAGAAAGCAGUUCUCCUUCUCCACUCUCUCCCAUCAGUGCCUCUCUCACUCCCGAAAAGCAAAUCUGCUGUGAAGGGGGCAUCAGUGGCCGAGUGGAAAGCCCCAACCCGCCAGAGCUGCAGUCCUGCUGUGGCGGACAGUUGUCUUCUUCAGGUUACUUGAGCCACAAGAGCGUAGAAAUGUCUGUGUCCAGCGUGAUGGACCAACAAAUCUGCACCUUCAACUCUUCUGGAGAAGCUUGUGGCGUUGGAGGCGGGUUCCUUCACAGCACCUCAAAUACAAUAGCGGCUCGUCCAGAUAUUAUUAGCCACCCUCCUGUGGAUGGCGAGGAACUAGAGAGGAGCGGACUGGAGUGUUCCGUUUGUGGAGCCGCCUCUCUCUACGAUCAUCUGCCAUCGGAGGAGUCUGGAAGUGUGGAGCAAACGGAUGAUGGUUCCUUCCCUGCGGUGCUUCAGUCUACGGAUGGAGACGUAGAUGAGGGGCCAGUCGCUGCUGGAGGAAACCCGGCCGAAACUGAACCAGGAGACAACCUGCUCCACUCGGAAAGGCUGUGUGAGGAGAAGCCUCAUCCCCGGAGCCUCAAGGCCUUGCUGAAGAAAUCUCAGGAGUACCGGCGGCAACAGCGGAUGCUGAGGAACCAGUCCAGAAACGCCAACAUCCAGCAGCUGCUGAGAACGCUAGCAGAGGAACAGAGCCUCUCCGAUAAGGAGAACGAUGAGCAUCUCUGUAGGAACAACAGGGCUGCAGACGGAAACAGAACCAAAGAGCGGGGAGGGGCCCCAUCAGUGGGAACGUCACAGAAACCCAGGGAGAACUAUGAGAUAAUUGGGAGUGAAAUCGCUGGGAACAACACCAGCACGGACACCCAGAGCUCUCCUGUAACAGGAAGUGGAGACACCUCAGAGCUUCAUCUGGUUUCAAAAACAAUCCUGAGAAAUAAGCUGAACACUUUUCAGGAGUUGAUCAUCCCAGCUGACACCUCCCCACCUCAGGACUGCCUUCCCGGGGGCGCAGCCUUCUCUAAAGGAGCAGCUAAGUUCUGCAGUGUCCCAGCGCCCAGCUUCUGCUGCAGUCCCAGUCGAUUCAAAGACGGCUGCGUCAAACAUCUGCAACCCGCUGAAGGAGCCGAGACCUCCGAGGAGAAGCGAGGAGUUCAAGUUACCACGACUUCUGCAGGUGAGGAAGAGGAGGUGGAGGAGGAGGUGAGCGGCGUGUCAGCCCAAAGUUCACGGCACCUGGAGCACCUGGAGGUCAGCCUGACCGGCCUGAAGAGCCUGAUCUCAUGUCUGGAGUCUGCAGUGAAGGAAAGUCCGGAACAAACUGAGAGCAGCUGGAGGAAACGAACGGGUCAGAACCACUGCUCGGACUGCAGGCAGGGGGGCGAUGAAGAGAAGGGGUGCGGUGAGGGGUCAGGACGACCCACUGCUAUGAGCAUCAGCGAUGUGGAGGGCGCUGUGCUCACAGUCCAGGAGGCAGGAGGCCCCAUCAGGCAGGCCUCAGUGGGGGGCAGUUACACCCAACGCAGAGACGGCCGGCAGCAGCCGCCCCCUCCCAAAUGCGUCUUAUCAGCAGCACCGCAGACACGGAUCCCCUGUUUAUUCCGAAACCCCCUGCAUGGGAACGCAGCUCCAGGGGGGGUCUCUGUGCUUUCAGGGACAAGUUGCCGUCCGGCUGCAGGAGGAGGGCGCCCCCCCACAAAAUCCCCGCCUCUCAAUCAUUCGUUUGACGUGGAAAAACCAUCCGGACUCUGGCUCCUGGAAGGAUCCGGAACCCCCCGGGAUCCACAGUGUGGUGUCGGUCAGGGGGCACAUCUGACCCCAGAGAGCGGGGGCGAGGAGCAGGCGGGGACGUCUAGGGUCAAACGGCGACUGGUGAUGCAUGAGACGGAGCAGACUCCAGAGAGGAGGACGGGGUGGGCGGGGCCUGUUGUUAGGCCCACCUCCAGCACCCCCACAGCUUCGGCCGGCUGGUUUGAGGACAGGGACGCCGACCAGCAGGAGCAGCUGAAGGAGGUCCACGCCGCCCGGCUCAGAGCCCUGCAGGAGGUGCACCGGCAGCAGCAGGAGCGACUCCUGCAGGCUUUGGCGGCGCGUUUCCAUCACCUCCAGAGCGUCUCCCUCCCUCGCUCCGUUUCAGGCUCCUGUCUCGGGGACACGCUGACCUUCUCCGUCCCUCAGCACCUGCGCCCCCUGCUGGCAGCGGCUGUGAAGGGUUUUCUGACGCGCAGACUGCUGAGGACUGAGCGCGUGGCGCAGCUGCUGCGCACCAUCAGGGACACGCAGCAGUUCCUGCAGAGCUUCCAGCAGCAGAGUGUGGCCAGAGGAGCCGUCUGCAGCAGGCAGGACGUCGUACUGCAGGAGAGAGUCGCCCUGCAGCUCCGCGCCGCUCGUUACGAGCUGUACGACGUUUUCUUCAGCCUGUCAGCCAGAGAGAGGAUGCAGAUGAUCGGCUGGGACAGAGAGCUGGCAAAGGAGAGGGAAGUCAGACGGCAGACAGGAAGUUGUCCAGGACAGACGAUACUGUCAGCUGCAACACAGAAGUCACUGGAGAGGAAGAGAGAAGCCAUGAUUCAGAGAAAAGUUGCUGAAAGGACCGGGGGAUUUAGGACCAGGACCGGACCGAAGCUCUUUGACGACAAACCGCAACCAAGGAAACAAGGACAGACUAGAGCGCGUCUGCAGAGAGCCACAAAGAGCGCCGGCUCCUCCAAACCGUGACUCCUUCACUAUGAGGCCCAGCUAAGCUGCAGCGUCUCAGGGUAAUCUAGAGUCAAUGCAGAAACUCGGCUGGUCGUGCAUUUACCCGCCAAAAUGCUCACGCUGAAAAUGUUUUGUGUUUCUUUUUUUUGUUCGGGCCGUUGGGCAUCUCCAGCUGCCCCUCCCAUUGCGUUCAUGGUUAAACAGACUGUCUUCAAAAAUAUUCUCAAAAGGAUGUGUGUCUGUCAUAUUUAAAGUAGACUGUUUGAAAUGUUCUUCUCAGCCUUAAACUUUAUUCUCAGCUGAAAAAGCCUUUUCAGUUUUCAUUUCUGGUCUUUUAUGUUAUUUAUUAAUAAAGUUUUUUACUCUGA